AUGCACCACACGCUGCGGAAAAUCUUCGACCGCCAAACAUGCGAUAAAAUAGAGAGCAUGAAGAUCCUCCUAGUGGGGGCGGGAGGAAUAGGAAGUGAAUUCUUAAAAAAUAUAAUCACCAUAGGAUGUAGAAAUAUUGACAUUGUGGACAUUGAUACAAUUGACAUCACAAAUUUGAAUAGACAAUUCUUGUUUAAAAAGGAAGACGUGAAAAAGCACAAGUCCUUUGUGGCCAAAGAGAGAGCCCUAAAACACAACAAAGGUCUAAACAUUAACGCCUACACAUUUGAUGUGUGCACCAUGAAGAGCAGUGACAUCGCAAAGUACGAUUAUGUUGUCAACGCCCUAGAUAAUAUUAAGGCCAGAAAAUAUGUAAACAAAUUAUGCAUAAUGGAGAAAAAAGUUUUAAUUGAAGCAGGGAGCACCGGGUAUAAUGGGCAGGUGUAUCCUAUUCUUGCAAAUGAAACAAAGUGUUACAACUGUGAAGAGAAACCCAAAAAUAAAACAUAUGCCAUUUGUACACUUAGGCAAACUCCGUCCUUACCUGAACAUUGCGUAGCAUGGGGGAGACUCAUUUUUGAAACAUUUUUUUGCAAAAGUGAUAAUGAGACUUUGAUUGACAUUAAGAAUCAUGUUGAAGAAGAAUCAAAGAAGAGAAAUAUGGACCAGUAUGAAAUCAUCACCUUCAUUUUUAACUACCUCUUUUACGAUACCAUUAAGGAGCUCGCCGCACUUAAGAAGGACUACGUCACGGAGCCCAUCCCCAUACAGUUCAAGGGGAAUACAAAGAAGGAAGACAAAUGUGGUGAGACAGAAAAGGAGGGAGGUCGUGGUAUCUCCCCUCCUCAUGCGGGCGAGCAGAACGAAGUACAUAAGAACAAAGACACAGAACCAACUUCCAUCACCCUAUGCUCUCAAAACAUAUGGACACAAGAUGAGUGCAUCAAAAUGUACACAGAGACAUUCGAAAAGUUGUAUAGCUAUUUAAACAUAAACAAACAAACGGAGGAGUACCUGGUGUUUGACAAGGACGACGAUGACUGCAUCAAUUUCAUAACAGCCAUUUCGAAUUUACGAAUGAUGAAUUUUUCCAUUAAGCAGAAAAGUAAAUUUGAUGUGCAGUCUAUUGCGGGGAAUAUCAUUCCUGCCAUUUCUUCUACCAACGCGAUUGUCGCCUCACUGCAGGCCGCGCAACUCAUUCACGUUAUUGAGCACCUAGAACGUAUGAAGGGGUCCGACAAAGUGGACGCAAAAAACAGUUUAAGGGACAGCAAGGCAAAGCACGUGUGGGUCAAAAGUAUCGUCAGCGGAAACAAAAUGUUUUCACGGGGAAACAUUGUGAACGCCGAAAAAUUGGAGCCUCCCAAUCCCAACUGUUACAUAUGCCAACAGCCCACGAUAGAUAUUUAUAUAAAAAGUUUUAGCGAAAUGACGCUGUACGAUUUUGUAAAAAAUGUGUGCACAAAUGAGUUGGCCUUCUUGUACCCAUUUCUCGACAAACAGGAUAGAAACAUCUUCGACUAUGACUCCUUUUUGGAGGAGGACGAGGAGUACAUAAAGGGCUUACACACCUCACUUAGUGAGUGGGACAUAAAAAAUGAUGAGAUUCUUAUUUUGACGGACUUUCAAAAUGAUAAGGACCAACUGGAGAUUCACCUGAAGGAGGACCCUACCCUACAGACACCCUACGACAUAAAGCAAAAAGUUGUCAAGACUAGGAAAGCGGAGGACCUGCGUGGAACGGACGCGCCACUCCCCAGCACAAAAAAAAGGAAACACGUAAACCAGGAGGAAGAGCCUCUGAACGAUAAAAAGAAGGCGCGCACCCAGAAUAAGGUAGAAGAAAUCGUCAUCGAUGACGAAGAAUGUGUGAAAGAUAAUUUGGUGCUAAUCGAUUGA